AUGAAGAACUCGGUCCAAGUUCUUUUGUCUUUCAUCUUAAUAUUUUGUAUGAGUCACUUCAUUGGCAAAUUUGGUGUAUCAGCUCAAAAUACAACCAUCCCCUUCAAUGUUGGGGUGGUUCUGGAUUACAAUAAUCUGGUUGGGAGAAUUGGGUUGACCUGCAUCUCCAUGGCAUUGUCUGAUUUCUAUGAAAUUCACAGUUUCUACAAAACAAGACUGGUUCUCCACACCAGGGAUUCCAACAGCAAUGUGGUCCAUGCUGCUUCUAUGGCUCUUGACCUACUAAAUAACAUAGAAGUACAAGCAAUUAUUGGACCAAUAACAUCUUCUGAGGCUGACUUUGUGAUUGAUCUUGGAGACGAAGCACAUGUACCCAUUCUCUCUUUCUCUGCAUCAAAUCCUUUUCUUUCUUCAGCUCAAAAUCCUUAUUUUGUCCGGGCUUCCCUUAGUGACUCCUUUGAAGUAAAAGCAAUUGCUUCCAUUGUCCAAGCCUUCAGAUGGAAGGAAGCUGUACUGAUAUAUGAAAACACUGAUUAUGGUAGUGGAAUUGUUCCUUAUUUAAUUGAUGCAUUUACAGCAAUUGAGACCCGUGUCCCCUAUAGAAGUGUCCUUUCCCCUUCAGCCACCGACGAUCAAAUUGUUUCAGAGCUUUACAAGAUGAUGACAAUGCAAACUAGAGUAUUUGUUGUGCACAUGUCAUACCCUCUUGGUGCUCGUUUAUUUUUGAAAGCAAAAAAUGUCGGAAUGAUGAAUGAAGGAUAUGCCUGGAUUAUCACAGAUGGGCUAUCUAAUCAGUUGAAUUCCAUGGAUUCCUCUGUUCUUCAUUCUAUGCAAGGUGUAAUUGGCAUCGAGCCUUACCAGCCAAUGUCUGAUAAUCUUAAGAAUUUUAAGAUAAGAUGGAGACAAAAUUUCCACAAGGAAAACCCAGAUAUGAAAAGAGUUGCCCUUAACAUUUUUGGACUGUGGGCCUAUGAUACUGUUUGGGCACUAGCACUAGCAGCUGAGAAAUUUGGGGCAGCAAAUCUCCAAUUCCAGCACCCACAAGUUGUUAAUGGAACAUCUGACCUUUUAACUAUCGGAAUCUCUACAAUAGGUCCUAAACUUCUCCAGACAAUAUUGGAGACAAAAUUUACAGGCUUGAGUGGAAAAUUUAGCCUUGUUGAUGGACAACUACAAUCGUCGGCAUAUCGAGUACUCAAUGUAAUAGGUCGUGAACGAAGGGAGAUUGGAUUCUGGACACCAACAAAUGGAAUUUUACGUGAACUGAGUGCAUCUUCAAAUUCCAAUCUCAGUCCUAUAGUAUGGCCAGGAGAUUCUACGACUGUGCCUAAAGGUUGGGUAAUUCCUACAAAUGGGAAGAAACUGAAGAUCGGAGUUCCUGUUAUGAAAGGAUUUAGUGAAUUUGUGAAGGUAGCAAUAGAUCCUACUACCAAUGCUACAAUUGUCACUGGGUACUGCAUCGAUGUCUUUAAUGCUGUAACUGGGGAACUGCCAUAUGCCCUUUCUUAUGAGUUUAUUCCAUUCAUGAAGCCUGAUGGUACAAGUGCCGGGACUUACAAUGAUAUGAUCUACCAAAUAUAUCUCCAAAAAUAUGAUGCAGUCGUUGGCGAUACGACUAUCAUAGCUAAUCGGUCCUUUUAUGUUGAUUUUACAAUGCCAUACACACAGUCUGGGGUAACAAUGAUAGUGCCAAUCCAACAACAUCAGAGGAAGAAUAUUUGGGUUUUCCUGAAGCCUUUGAAUUGGGAUCUAUGGUUCACUAUUUUCAUUUUCUUCAUCUUCACAGGCGCUGUGACCUGGGUCCUCGAACACAGAGUAAACAACGAUUUUAGGGGUACACCUAUAAAUCAACUUGGAAUGAUCUUCUGGUUCACCUUCUCAACCAUGGUUUUUGCACAUAGUAAAUACUCUUCCUCUUCUCUCAAUCUAUAG